UAUUUUAAUAAAAAUUAAAAUUUUUGGCAUGAAAAUAAAUGAAAUUAGAUAACAAAUGUUGUAUUUAUUUGUGGAAAAGUGUUAUAUAUGUAGAUGAAAUCAACUGAAAAUAAUGAAAAAGAUAUUAAUAAUUUUCCUUUUGUUAUUUGCUUACGAAAGAGUUACUUGUCAAACACAGCCGACUGAUGAUGUUAAAAUAUCAUACACAGCACGUCCGAAUGAAAUAGAAUUUUAUAUAGAAGAUAAAAAUUAUAAAAUAACAGGGUUAACAUGUUCGGAAUCACGAAUGUUAGAGCCAAAAUUUAUUGAAGAUAAUAAUAAUAAAUGGUAUGGUUGCAUAAAUUUGAAACCAUGUUUCCCUUAUCAAGCCAAGAUUACUGUCUUAAAUUUAAAUACAAAUAAUUCAUUCAACAAAACGAUAUCAGUGCGAACAACCUAUUCAAAACCUAGUAUACAAAUUGGACGAAUUUUACCGGAGCAAUUAAGAAUAAGAGUUGAAUGGAAAACAACAAAUCCAACUUGUAUUUCAAAAAUAACAUUGAAAGCUGAAGCUGAGGGUCAAAGUAAAACAUCAGAAACAAGUGAUGUAACGAAAACAUAUUAUGAUUUUGAUGAUUUAAAUCCAUGUUUAACAUAUCGUAUCAAUUUAAGUAUUACGGAUAUAGAUAAUCAAAUACAAAGUUCAGAUGGAGUUGGAGAAACUUUACCUAAAGAUCCUGGUAAUAUAGAAAAUCUUGCAUUUUCAAAUCAUAAUGAUGGUAAAUCAAUAAAAGUUACAUGGAAGCAUCCACCGUUUAAGUCAUGUGUUAAAUAUUAUUUUUUACAAUGGAAAUGUAUUUAUGAAGAAUGUAAACCAAAUUGGUAUAAUAUGACUCCAAAAUUGAAUGAAUAUACUAUCGAAAAUGUUGAAGGUUGUUCUGAAUAUAAUUUUUCAAUUGGGAUAAAUGAAGUCAAACCAAAUGCGCAGGGAAGUUUUAAAACAACGUUUAUUGAUCCAUCACCGCUAACAAAUUUUAGAAUUCUGAGUAGCUCACGUUUAAAUACUGAAUUUUCAUGGAAAGUUGAAAAGCAUUAUAGAUGUAUUAAACAUUAUCAAUUAAAUAUUUUCGGCCCAAAUGUAUUUGAAAUCCCAAAUAUUAAUAUAACAGAAAACUUAAAUGUUACGAAUUAUAAAGUGUCAGCAAUAUUAGAGGCAUGUGGUAAUUAUAAUGUUACCUUACAUGCUAUAUUAAAUGGACCCAUUCCAACUCAUGGCGAAGUAUUUCAUCGAAACAUUAUGAUAAAUGAAGAAAGGCCCAGUGAAAUUGAAGAUACAAUGGUAAAAUAUAUAUAUCCAACAGAAAUUGUUUUAAAAUUUAAACCACCAUAUCUUGGCAAUAUAUGUGUUAAAGAAUAUCGUAUUAAUUGUUGGCCAAAAGAUCAUAGCGAAGUAAAAACCGGUCAUUUUAAUAGAACUGAAAAAGUUUUCACAAUAAAAAAUUUAACAUCAUGCAUGGAAUAUGAAGUACAAAUAAUACCUAUAACAUAUAGUUUAAAAGAAGGUGAUCCAGUUGUAUUGCCGAUUACAACAUCACCCAGAGAUUCUCAUCCUGAAUUAGAUUCAAAUGCAAAAGCGACACAUAAUAGUUUACAAUUAAGUGGUGGUACCAAAGAUCGAUGUGAAGUUUUAUUUGCGAAAUUUGAAUGUAUAGCAACUCAUGAAACUGGGAUUAUGCGAGCUGAACAAAUAAUUCAAGCUGAUUUUGGAGAACCAAAAUUUACAGGCGUAAUGUAUCCACUUUCACCAAAUUCACAAUAUGAAUGUACACUUCGUUUAUAUAAUGUUGCUGGUUGGUCAUCACUUAUUCCAAAAGGUUUAUGGAAUACUUCUUUAUAUUUUCCAGAAAUUCCAACAUCUAUUGAAACUACAGUAAUUUCAAAUUCAACAUUUAAUGUAAAAUGGUUACCUCCAAAAUAUGCAAAUGGGGAACAAACUUCAUAUAACAUAUUCAUACAAUAUUUGGGUCCUUCAUAUAAGCUACCAAUACAUUGUAGAGAAAAUGAAAUUAAAUAUGUAGAAGCGCAAAAUAGUAAAUUGGAAUUUAAUUUUAAUGAAGCAUUACCAUAUAGCUUGUAUAGUGUUGAAAUUGCAACAGCAAAUGAAUUUGGAGCUGGGAAAUUCACUUCAACGUCAUAUGCAAUAACAAAACCAUCUGCUUCAGAACCUGUGGAUGAUUUUUCUUUAGUAAGUAUUAUUGGUCCAGAAAUCGGAGAAGAUAUAUAUGAAGCUAAUAUUACAGUAAAAUGGAGACCACCGUGUAAAUCGAAUGGCAUUUUAAAAUUUUACACUAUUAAUAUUUCGGAUGAUAAAUCAUCUGAACCAAUUAUAAUUGAAAUUAAAAAUGUAAUACCAAAUGAUUCGGGCUAUAUAUAUUUCUCAUAUAUAGUUUAUCAUCCUGAAUACAAUUAUACAUUUAAAUUAUCAGUUGCUGUUCAUGAUGUAAUUGAAAUGAGUGAAGAAAAAAUAAUUCAAUUUACAGCACCUGCUGGAAUCCCGGAACCAGUAAAAGAACCGGAAAAAUUAAGCUCAGUUGAUUCAUAUUCAUCGAAAAACCCAAAAACUUCGGCUCUAGUAAAAUUUUCAAAGAAAAUUUUUAAAUCGAAUAUGGGUGAAAUAAUUUAUGCUGCAUUAUUAAUAUCUGAAAUGUCCUGCCAAAAUGAUCCUGAAUUAAUUGCUGAAAAAUAUGAUAUGUCAAAUGGAUGGCCAAAAACAUUAAAAAGUUAUAACGAUGUUAAAGAUGAAGAAUGUGUUAGCCAAUAUCAAACAACACCAAUUCAAUGGCAACCUUUUGCAUCUCAAGGUAGAUCAAGUACAUAUAAUUUGGGUGAUGAUAAUAAUGAUAAUGAAGUAAUUGAAUAUGUAAUUGGGAAUGGAAAUGAUUGUGAAAAUUUAGAUUAUUGUAAUGGCCCAUUGAAACCUAAUACAAAAUAUAAAAUGAUUUUAAGAACAUUUACAAAAAAUGGCUUUCGUGAUAGCGUUGGCAUAGAUUUUAAAACUGAUGAAAUCAUUCAAUUCUCUUUGAUUCUUAGUUUAAUUAUAAGUGUUUUAAUGAUUGCAUUCUUUUUGGGUUUUAUAUAUUUAUGGAUAAUAAAGAGGAGAAUGUGGAAUCGACAAUCAUUAAAUGGUAUUGAAGAUUCAGUAGGUGAUGUUUCUGCUAAAAAUUUCUUAUUACAUUAUUCUAAAUUAUCGGCAAAAGACAAGGUUCAAAGAGAAUUUAAAGAUUUGGCUGUAGUUGCUCAAGAUGUUUGUGUUGCAAGUACAAUAUCAAAAUAUAAUGAAUCAAAGAAUCGUUACAGUAACAUUUACCCAUAUGAAAAAAAUCGUGUUAUUUUAAAUAUCGAUUUAGAGGGUUCUGAUUAUAUUAAUGCUUCCUUCAUUAAUGGAUAUAGACAUCGUAAAGAGUAUAUUGCAACUCAAGGACCAAAACCUGAAAGUUUUAUUGAUUUUUGGAAAAUGAUCAUAGAAUAUAAUGUAAAAGUUAUUGUAAUGGUAACACAAUUUGUUGAAGGAAAUGUGAUAAAAUGUCAUCAAUAUUUUCCAAUGAUAAAUGGUAAAGAAAUGAAAUUUGGUAAUAAUAUAACAAUAUUAUGUAGAUCACAAACUGAUAAUGAAAUUUAUGAGAGACGUGAAUUAACUGUUAAACAUAAUAUGGAUGAAGUACAAACUGUUAUACAUUAUUUAUUUAAAAGAUGGCCUGAUCAUGAUGUACCAUCAGAUCCAAAUGAAUUAAUAACAUUUGUAAAACGUGUUAAAUCUGAAAGAAUGCCAUCACGUUCACCAAUUGUUGUACAUUGUAGUGCUGGUGUUGGUCGUACCGGUACAUUUAUUGCAUUAGAUUUAAUAAUUAAAAGAAUUAAAAAUGAAUGUAAAAUAAAUAUAUAUGAAACAGUAAAAUCAUUAAGAUUUCAACGUAUGAAAAUGGUUCAAAGUAUCCAUCAAUAUCAAUUUUUAUAUAAUUGUACAUUAGUAUUGGUUAAAAGAAAAUAUGAAAAUUUUUCUAGAUCAAAGACUGCUAAAUUAUUUUUUAUGAAACCAAAUUCUAGUUUAUUUCAAAAUGGUAAUGGUAAUAAUGAUGAAAUAUUAAAUUGUAAUAAUAAUAAUAAUAAUAAUAACAAUAAUAAUAGUAGUAAUGGUGUUAAUAAAAAUCGAUUAAAUAAUAUUAUUGGUGAUAAAAAAUUAAAAAAUAAUUUAAGUAAUAGUAGUAUUAUUAGUAAUGGAACAAUUAAAGGUGGUGGUUAUAGUAGUAGUACAAGUGGUUUUAGUAAAGGAUCAAGAAGUAGUUUUAAUCCAAAUGACAUAGAAAGUGUUAUGUAAUAAGAUUAAUAUUAUUUAUUUUGUAUAUGGGUAUAUAUUGUAUAUUGGUGCAUAACAAACCACUUUAAAAAAAAUUGCACAUAAAUUUAACAGAAUUUAAUUUAAAAGAUCAAGAAUUUUUUUCAUUUAGUCCGAAAACCAAAGUAAAUUAUAAAAAAAUAUAUUUUAAAUGA